CAGCGAUGCCAGCGGGGCCAGGCGAGACGUGCGGGGCGUAUCGUCGUGAGUUGCGUGUCGUCGUGCGGGGGUUGCACAAAAUUUAUUGAAAUCGAAGCCGAAGAGAUCGACGGAGGAACUGUUUUUGAUUGCCAGGAUGGACAAGCCGCCGUACAAGCUGAGCAGCGUGCUGCUCGGCCACAGCGCGGACGUGAGAGCGGUGACGACCUUCCUCGACGGUACCGUCGUGUCGGUCUCCCGGGACAAGACAGCGCGUGUAUGGAAACCGACCGGGAACGGCAACGAGUACGAGCAGAGCGCGACGUUAACGGGCCACUCUGACUUCGUCAAUUCGGUGUGCGUUAUAAAUCCGUCGGAGAGACAUCCCAAGGGUUACAUCAUCACCGGUGGCAACGACAACGCCAUAUGCGUCUACGUGGCCGACGAAACGGUGCCCGCGCACACCAUAAAGGCGCACCAGAACAAUGUGUGCAAUUUAAAGGCCGGCAAGAAGGAGGGUACGUUUCUCUCGAGCUCCUGGGAUCUCACCGCCAAAUUGUGGGACGUGGAUGACCUGAGCAAGCCGCAGCUGAACCUCGCGGGUCACACCGCCGCGGUGUGGUGCAUAGCGGAUCUGUCCAACGGCAAUAUAAUAAGUGGAUCGGCCGACAAGUUGGUGAUAAUAUGGUCGAGGGACGGUUCGGUGCUGCACAAAUUGACGGGACACACCGACUGCGUUCGCGACAUUGUCGACAUUAAGGAGGACGAGUUUCUAACUUGCGCGAACGACGCCACUAUAAGGCACUGGAGCGCUAAACUUGGGACCUGUUUAGGCACAUAUUGCGGGCACGAGAAUUAUAUCUACAGUAUAUCGGCCCUCCCGAAUGGUACAUACGUCUACUCGUCUGGGGAAGACAGGUCCAUUAGAAUAUGGUACAACGCGGAACUGAAACAAACCAUUGUUCUACCGACGCAGUCGAUAUGGUGCAUUGAUUUGUUCUCGAACGACGACAUAGUCGCCGGGAGUUCCGACGGUGCCGUCAGGAUAUUCUCGUCCAAUCCCGAACGGUACGCAAACGCGGAGACGUUGGAAGCGUUUGAGAAGGAGGUAGCGAAUACAGUUCUGAAUGCACAGCAGGCAAUCGGAGACAUCAAUGUAAAGGAUCUGCCAGAUUCGAAAGUUCUUCUACGGCCCGGCCAGAGAGACGGCCAGACAAAGAUAGUAAAUGAAGGGGAUGCAGUCAGGGCAUACAGUUGGUCGCAAAGCGAACAACGAUGGAUAAAAAUUGGCGACGUGAUGGGUGCGUCCGGCGGUACCGCGGCAACUUCCGGAAAGCAGCUUUACAAUGGCAUAGAAUACGAUUAUGUCUUUUCAGUCGACAUACAAGACGGUGUGCCACCUUUGAAACUUCCAUACAAUAAGAACCAAGAUCCAUGGCAUGUAGCACAGAAAUUCCUUCAUGACAAUAACCUCAGUCAAUUAUUUUUAGAUCAGGUUGCAAAUUUUAUAGUAAAAAAUUCUGAUCCAAGUCCAGUUUUAAAUACUGGAUCGCAAUAUGUCGAUCCUUUUACAGGAGGAAGCCGAUAUGUUCCUGAAUCAGGAACAUCGUCUAGCACGUCCGAUGUUAGUGCACAAGCAUCGACAUUUAGUUCUUUCAAGACAUCUACAUCACCCUCCUAUAUACCUCACUCGAAGUAUUUAAAGUUAGAACAAGCAAAUUUAACUGCUAUCUUCGAAAAAUUACACGAGUUAAAUGCUAAACAAGAAAGUACAUAUAAAGUACCAGAGGAGAAGCUGGAUGCAAUAGAAAAACUUAUGAGUAAUCAAAUAACUGAGGAAUUUCGGACUAGAGCUAUCGACGCACUGAAAAGCUUUCUGGAUUGGCCAAACGACACAGUGUUCCCAGCUCUCGAUAUAGCGAGACUCGCUGUACUUCACAAGGAAGUAAAUGAUCAACUGUGUACGGAAGAAUUACUACCGGUCAUACGAAGGCAUAUCAGAUCCGACGCAACUUCGUCGAAUCAAAUGCUCACCUUCCGUCUAAUGGCCAAUAUGUUCCAGCAUGAAAAGGGAGAGAAACUCUGUCUAGAUUACAGGGAUGAGAUACUCAAGUCUCUACUGGAUCUACAGUCCCUUGGAAACAAAAAUAAUCAGGUUGCAAUAUCAACAUACAUAUUGAAUCUAAUCGUAGCGCUUAGUAAAUACAACGAUACACCUGGUAGAACGAGAGCUCUAAAUGUAUUAGUUACUGUAUUGCCUCGUUUGAAUGAGUCUGAAGCAAUGUUCAGAGCCUUGGUUGGACUGGGAACAUUAUUGGCCGCUACACUAGAUCCCAGUGAUCGCAAUGAAUUAAUUAGUGCUGUGCGACAAUCCGAAACGGCUUUGAAUGUUCUUACAACUCUAUCAGAAAGCACAACCGACCUCAGUACGUCAAACAAAGUGGUAAACUGUUCCAAGCAGAUUAUCGAUUUAAUUAUCUAAUGCGCUUUACGAGCAGUGGGACUCUGCUUGUAAGAUUAUGAAAAUAAUUUCGUUUCGUAAUUAAUUGAACGAAAAAAGAAACGAGAGAAGAGAUUGAAAAGAUUACAAUUAUAUAUAUAUAAUUAAUGAUGGCAAAUGGUGAAUAUGAAGUAAGAAACCAUUUUUGUGAUGCACUAAUAUAAUUUCGGUGAACGCGACUGAAAAUAAGUUUGCACGUGUAUGUAUGUUUUGCAGCUCGGUUGCUCAAUCGUAAAAAAAAUAAAUACAUUUUUUAAUACAAUUAACAUUCAUUAUUUAAAUAUACUGUACUCUAUACUCCAUAAUAUACUUUCAAAAAAUAUAGAUCUACGUAUAAUUAAUGGAUUAAUACAUUAAUACUAUUUUAUAUUCGCAAAAAACAAAUAUGUUGGAGAUCUUUUACAAGAACAAUGAGCAAAAUACUUUGAAACAUAUUGAAGUGUAUAUCUACGGCAAUUUGUUGGUUAAACUCACGCAAUUAAACUUUUAAAUUAAUA